AUGGAUCCUUACCAGCAUGUUCCAAAUACACUUGAAGAUCAAGUUCAGAACCUCAAUGCAACCGUUGCACGCCUCGUCUCUGAAGUCGCAAGAUUGACAGAGUCAAAUGAACACCUGUCAAACACAAGUCAACGAAUCUGCCUCGAUAAUGCACAGAUGUCAGUUGCUCAUGAGCGGCUGACAGCUAUGCAUGAAGCUCUCACCUUGCAUGUUGAUGAACAUGAUAUCGCCCUCAAGAGCCUAACUGAGAAGCUGGCACAAAAGAAGGCAGCCAGUAAGCAUGUUUCAAAUGAACACCCUGCAUUAAAACCAAUGUUUGCUGAUCUUUGUGGCAUUGAGUCAUCCUUGGGGAGGAACAAACAGGCAGACACAUUAACACGUGUGAAACCAUUAAAAAGUGGUGAAGCUUACAAGGUUGGGGAAGAUGACCAAGUGUUGAGGACCUGGUACCCAAAUUGGAUCAGCCAUGUUGACAACAAAAUCUGCCACAAAAAUCCUGCGUUAAAGAAUGACAUUCCUGAUGAAGACUUUGAUAAGGAUACUAUUACACUAUGCACCAAGGACUACUUCCGCAAUGUACACAAACAGGCUGUGACUCAAAUUGAUCCAUCAAAGAUUGAAAGGGCAAACUGUAAGAAGACUAGUGGGAGUCAGAGGGGACGGCGUGUCACCGCCACUAGGAACCGUCGUGAAGCUGCAAUAGCCUUUGAGAAAGAGACAGGAAAUGUGGGCACAGUUGCACUGAUUGACACUGAUUACACAUCAGAUAUCUUGACCUGUGGAGACCUGAGUGAUGAUGGAAAGAAUAGGAGGAUGAUGUCAGGAGCAGAAAAUUCUGCAAAAAUGGCUGUGGGUUUGCAAUGGCACUCUGUAGAUUAUGUCGCAUUUUUGCGAUUCCUCACCCUCCAACACCUGAAGGGGUAUGAUACUGAUGAGCCCAAACUAGCUACCAGUGCCAGUACCUCACGUCCAACAAAGCACCGCAAAACCAUGGAAGGGAGUACUAGGAUGAACAUCUAUGUGAAGAAGACCUUUGAUACAAGUCCCAGCCAGAUGGAUGAGGACACACCAUCGUCUGCAAAAAAUAACUUGCCAUUCAAGAAUAUGGUUGCAAAGCACUGGAGACAAAAACAUCCAGAAAUGAAGAUACUCGACGGAGCUCUGUGGUUGGAGGGAUUCUGGGCUGCUCUCCAACAAGACGAGGUGAUCAAGGAAGAUUAUACAUACUUGCAGGAGCUUGAGGAGUAG